GUCUCGAACUUUUUUCCUGGGCUCUCACGACAGACGUUCCAUGCGCGAUGCGCCAACGACAAUUCUCGGGCCCAAAGUUGCCAAAAGAACUUCGUGAUAAAUUCGACCCUGCAAAUGCAGGCAAGAACGGACGCCGAAACUAUGGAUCGUUGAACCGCAAGGAGCGCCGGAAGGCGGAGCGAGAGGAGCAGAAGUCACAACGGAGGCAACCUACAGGUCGCAAUGCCUCACGAUAUUCCCGACAAGAGCCAGAGUCCGAGGAAGAGGACGAUGAAGCAGAUUUCAGUGAGGAGGAAGCACCGCCACCGAAGGCGUCAUCCUCAAAAACGGAACCUUCUCAACCAUCAAAGAGUAUCCUGAAGAAGUCUCAAAAGGAAGCACGCCCCGAACCACAAAAAGAACCCUCCCCACCACCGAACCCAAAAUUAUCGAGAUCUACCCGAGAUAGACUAGAACACGAGGAUGCCGAAAUCGCCGCGCUUGAGAAGAAGCUGGGUAUAAAGGGAAAGAAGUCUAAGGGUGAAUUUGAUGAUGGUCUCGAAGAUCUGUUUGGAGAUUUGGGAGAUUUUGACAGCGGGGACGAACUGGAUGCUUUGCGACCAUCCAAGCGCAAGAGGGACAGUGGGGAUGAUGACUGGCUUGCGCAAAAGAGACAGAAAGCACUGGGGAAAGCACCAGAGAGCUCGGAUGAAGAGGAGGGCUUUGAUGAUGAUGAUGAUGAUGAUGACUUUGGAUCGGAUGACGAGCUCGAGGAUCUCGACGGAGAGGACGGUGAAAGUGGCUCUGAACAAGAUGAAGACGAUGAGGGAAGUUUCGAGGAUUUCGGCAGCGAUGACGAUGCACUUGAAGAAGAACCCGAAGCACCAAAGCCGCGUGUUCGAGAAAACCCCUACGUGGCCCCUGUGGUGACAGCGUCACAACAACCUGCAAAGUACAUACCGCCUGCGCUUCGAGGUGCCCCAUCCUCAGAUGCAGAAGCUCUUGCACGGCUCAAGCGACAGAUCCAAGGUCUCCUCAACAGGCUGUCAGAGGCCAACAUACUCUCAAUUUUGCGCGACAUUGAGCAAGUGUAUCAGAAUAAUGCCCGAGGCUAUGUCAACAACACGCUUGUCGAUUUACUUCUUGGACUGCUUGCCGAUGAGUCGUCUUUGCUAGAUACAUUCCUCAUUCUCCACUCUGGGUUCAUUGCGGCGGUUUACAAGGUGAUCGGAACUGACUUUGUUGCGCAAAUGAUUGAACGUAUCGUUGCCGAGUUCGAUAGGCACUACCAGAACAACAAGAAUGGUGCUGGCAAACAAACGACCAAUCUGAUAUCUGUCAUUGCACAGCUCUACUCAUUUCAGGUCGUUGGCAGUAACUUGGUGUUCGAUUACAUCAAGCUGUUCCUAGCAGAGCUGUCCGAGAUCAACACCGAGCUCCUUCUGAGGAUCGUAAAGAUUUCCGGUUCGCAAUUGAGACAGGAUGAUCCUACGUCUUUGAAGGAUAUUGUCCUCCUUCUCCAGAAAUCUGUCGCACAGGUUGGCGAGAAAAACCUUCCCGUGCGAACCAAGUUCAUGAUCGAAACCAUUAACAACCUGAAAAACAACAAAAUGAAGGCCGGCGUGGCAGCGUCCGCGCUGGUGAGCGAACAUACAACGAGGAUGAAGAAGCAUCUAGGCUCGUUGAACAACCGAAAUCUCAAGGGCACGGAACCGCUGCGCAUAGGUCUUGCCGAUGUCAAGAAUACGGACAAGAAGGGAAAAUGGUGGCUCGUCGGUGCUAGUUGGAGGAAUGAUAUGGCAAAUGAGCCCUCGCAGCCAAAGGACAAACCCGCCAGCGUACCUGAAUCUACCACCAGUAUCGGUGGAGAGAACGGCGACGUCGAUCUACUCCAACUUGCAAGGGAACAACGCAUGAACACGGAUAUUCGUCGCGCAAUCUUUGUGACGAUUAUGUCUGCGAGCGAUGCAAAGGAUGCUCAUAUGCGUCUGAUGAAACUAAAUCUGAAGAAAUCUCAAGAACUGGAGAUUCCCAGAGUCAUCGUCCACUGUUCCGGCUGUGAGGAAAACUACAAUCCUUACUACACGCUCUUGGCCCGAAAAUUCUGCACAGACUACAAGGCAAGAAAGUGUUUUCAAUUCACCUUGUGGGAUCUUUUCAAGAGUCUAGGUGAGAAGAAGGGAGACGAUGAAGCCUCCGACGACGAGGACGAGGAACGCAAUACCGAUGUAUCAUUGCGAAAACUUGUCAACCUGGGCAAAUUAUACGGAACGCUGAUCGCCAAAGACGGUCUCUCGAUCACCAGUAUCAAGAAUCUGAGUCUUACGCAUCUAAAGCCGAAGACGAAGACGUUCAUCGAGAUAUUGCUAGUCACAGUCAUCCUCCAAUCACAACAGAAAGCCAAAGGAGGCCGGGAUGAGAAGGGAUUGUUGGAAGUCUUUAUCAACGUGGAUAACACUCCCCAGAUGAUCCCGGAACUGCAAUUCUUCCUCAAGAAGGUGGUAUCUAAGACAGGCAUUACUGCGAAUGCAGCGGAGAAGGAGACAGUGCAAUGGGGCUGUAAGUCGGUGAACGGGAUGCUGUUGAGGUUGCUGGCUACUGCGAACCUUGACAACUAGAGAUGGAGUUUUGGAUCAAAAACCGCGAUACCAUAGAUAUGAGUUAUUAUCUGCCUUGAACUAAGAC